AUGACCAAGACCCGAAAUCUGUAUAUAUNCAAAGAGGAAUGUACAAAAAACAAAGAAAAGUAUGAAGAUAAACUCGCCAGUGGAUAUGCUAUUAAAACAAGGAUUUAUGUGAAAUGUUUAAUUCAAGCUGCAACAGCUAAUGGGGCUUCCAUAGGUUUUUCAAUUGCUGGAGGAAUAAUCGGUGCUUUUAUACCCCUUCCAGGUGCAACAGUUGGCUUUUCAAUUCUUUUCGGUUUUAUAGGUUACGCCAUUGUUCGCUGGGGCACUGGAGUACUGAUGAAUUUUUUAGAAAAGCUAUUUGAAGAUAAAUAUGUAUCAUUAUCGGCUGGUGAAAACGAACCUUGGUGUCAGUGCAUGGUAUAA